AUGAUUAAUAUAUAAUCUAGAUCCCACAGCCAACAGUCAUAAUUUUCAAUUUCCAACUUUCAACUAAUGCCAUCCCAUGUUUCAAACCAGCACCAAACCACCCAAUAUGCAGAUGAACCAGCACCACCUUUGCUUUGUUCUCCCAGAUGAGCCUGAAGAUGAAGAUGAAUACGUUGAUGUAACUCCCUCUGUAACACCCUCAAGAGAGCCGCCACCUCACCGCCGCCGCGCCUUCCUUGAAGUCCUUGUCCACAGCUCAGUUUACAGGUUUUUCGAGUCCAAAUUUAUCAGGAUGGUCAGGUUUCGACAGCCCAAAAAAUUGCCUUCAAGUGUGUACUUGGACACUGAGGGAGUCCAGAUUCUUGAGAAGUUUGGAGGCAACAGCAAUCCUAGGAACUUCAGCUAUUCAGAGCUUUAUAUUGGAUCCAAGGGCUUUAGCAAGGAGGAGAUUCUUGGCAGUGGAGGUUUUGGCAGGGUUUAUAAGGCUGUUUUGCCUAGUGAUGACUCGGUUGUUGCUGUUAAGUGCUUAGCGGAGAGGGGAGACAAGUUUGAGAAGACGUUUGCUGCUGAAUUGCUUGCAAUGGCGCAUUUAAGGCAUAGGAAUCUUGUUAGUCUUCGCGGGUGGUGCUUGUAUGAUGAUCAGCUGUUUCUUGUGUAUGAUUACAUGCCUAAUAGCAGCCUGGACCGGCUUUUGUUCAGGCAGAAGGGGUUUAAGCCGCUUGAUUGGGAUAUGAGGGUGAAGAUUGUGAAUGGCUUGGGAGCUGCAUUGUUUUAUUUACAUGAGCAAUUGGAGACUCAGAUCAUUCAUAGAGAUGUGAAGGCGAGUAAUGUGAUGUUGGACUCUGAUUAUAACGCGAGGCUUGGUGAUUUUGGAUUGGCGAGGUGGUUGGAACAUGAGAUUGAUUACAAGAUCAGCGCGCCUUCAGUGAAGCAUGAGAAGCAGUUUCUUCUGCCACCAGAUAAGUUUCGGCUAGUGGAUACUACUAGGAUUGGGGGCACAAUUGGGUACUUGCCCCCGGAGAAUUUUCAGAGACAUGGUGCUGCAACUGCAAAGGGAGAUGUUUUCAGCUUUGGGAUUGUGGUCCUGGAGAUUGUGGCAGGGCGGAAGGCGGUGGAUAUUACUCACCAGGAUGAUAGAAUUGUUUUGCUUGAUUGGGUACGAAAGCUGUCUGAUGAAGGAUCUGUUUUGGUAGCAGGGGAUAGGCGGAUUGCUGACGGAUCUUACAAGGAUUCUGACAUGGAACACUUGAUUCACUUGGGGCUUUUAUGUACGCUUCAUGAACCGCAAUCAAGGCCUAAUAUGAAAUGGGUAAUGGAAGUGCUUUCUGGCAAUCUCUGUGGGAAAUUGCCUGCUCUUCCAUCGUUUAGACAUUACCCUCAAUAUAUUUCGGUGUCAAGCAAAGAUACUGAUUCUAGCCACAUAACCGCGACAGGGCCAUCCAGCGCGACUUUCACAAUUACCACUAAUACUACUGAUUCAGUCAUAGGUGAUUCUGAUGCAUAUUUUACUGCUAAGGGGGAGACCUUAUACGCGAGUGCUGAGACCAGCCCCUCGCGAAAUGGUCGCUCCAGGUCAAAAGCUAUGCCACUCAUCAACAUUCCGCGUGAAGUGAGUUUCAAAGAAAUUAUUUCUAUAACAAAUAACUUUUCAGAGUCCCACAAGGUGGCUGAAGUAGGCUUUGGAACUGCUUACCAUGGUUUUCUCGACAAAAAAAAGCAUGUUCUGGUGAAGAGAUUGGGCACGACUAUAUGUCCUCAAGUGCGCUCACGCUUCUCAUAUGAACUGGAGAAUCUAGGCAAGCUGAGACACCGGAACCUAGUCCAGCUUCGCGGAUGGUGCAUUGAGAACGGAGAAAUGCUGGCUUUAUAUGAUCAUAAUGCAACUAGUCUCUUAAGCCAUUCUUUAUUCCAUCCAGCUCAUAAAAGACAUCGAGUCCUGCAAUGGCAUCAACGAUACAGCAUUGUCAAAUCACUUGCUUCCGCUAUUUGUUACCUGCACGAGGAAUGGGAUGAACAAGUACUUCACAAGAACAUAAGCUCAUCAUCUAUCUUUCUCGACUCAGACAGCAACCCGAGGCUCGGCAACUUUGCCCUGGCUCAAUUCCUGACAAGAAACGAGGAACUCCAACAACCCGCUCCUCAGAAAGCCUGUGGCAACGACGGGAUGUUUGGCCACAUGUCCCCUGAAUACAUCAUAACCAGCAAAGCCACCACAAUGUCCGACAUUUACAGCUUUGGUGUGGUUGUGAUAGAGGUUAUAAGUGGACAAAUGGCAGUCGACUUCAGCAGGCCUGAGCCAUUACUAAUUCAACGAGUUAACGAGUUUGAAACACGUAAGAGGAGGUACGAAGAAUUGGCUGAUCAUCGACUAGAAGGGCAGUACAAUCACAAGGAACUAGUGAGGCUAGUGAAACUAGGAAUGGCUUGUACACGUUCUGAUCCGAAAGAAAGGCCAAGCAUCAAGACUAUACUAAGCAUACUCAAUGGCUACGACAGAUGUUUCCUCGAAAAGGGGCUCAAGAAGGAGAGAAAGGAAGAAUGGAAACAUAACAACAUGGAUUCAAUAUCACUGGUUAAGAGACUUCAGGCAUUAGGCAUACAAUAAAACCAUUAGUACUUAGCAGCAAUGUCAUAUCAUACUGGUUGGUUUGUUUUUUUUUUCUUUUGAAGAUUUGUAAAUUAAAUUUUUUGGGGUUGUUUAACAUCAAGAUAUAUGUAAUCUAAUGAACUUAUAUAGCAGAUUUGUGAUGAA